UGUUUUCUUAAGCCUCAACAGGCUCAGGCAAACUCAGGCGCACUUUAGAAACUCACCAGAAUCGAGUCGAAAGAUGGGGUUCUGAGUGAAUGGAGGGAUAAGGAAAGUUUGUUUUGGAUGAGGGUCAGUCGGGGGAAGAGCGGGAGAGGUAGACCAGAAACCGUGAGAGAAUCAACAGCAGUACAAAAGAAGGAAGUAGAAUAACGGGCCACGGACUCCGAGCAAAAGAGACACUCAGCUGCAGUGAUUCGGUGCCGGGCACGAAAACACUGCGCGUCUUUGUGCGCAACCGGCGCGCCAGCUCAACUGCGGUCUAAACUGUUGAUCCCUUGGGAGACACUGACACACACACAGGCUUUGCCCUAGGAAAUUCCGCCGUCUCUCAUUUCUACCCCCUCUCUUACUUCAUCUCUCUCCCUCUUUCUCUCUCUUCACGGCGACCUGAACACUUGGAAAGGGGGCAACUUUGUGAUAAUGUGUUAAAACUCAAUUUCAGCGUCAGUUGCGCACAGACCUGGUAGGUCUAGAAAGGAUUUGUUCUACGGAUUCAUUUUCACAUCCCUGGGCUCAGAAGAUGUAUUCCAUGGGCUGUCCCUCCGCCUGGUGGGCCUUACUGGUACUGCUCCUGUCAGGCAUUCCAGGGGUGCACCUGGCCAAGUGCCCAAAGCAGUGUCUCUGCGACCAGAUUCAACUCACUGUGUCCUGUGUCAACAAGAAUCUGACCGAAGUGCCUCCCACAAUAGAUGAGAUCACGGUGAAGCUUGACCUGAGAGGGAAUGACAUUCAGACGCUGCCCACAGGGGCAUUCAAGCACACCCCCUACCUGACGCACCUCACGCUGCAGCGCUGUAACGUCCGCACCGUGAAGGAGGGCGCCUUCCGCAGCCUGGGCCGCCUCGUCUUCCUCAACCUUGCAAACAACAACAUUGAGAUACUGUACCAGGAGUCCUUCGACGGCCUUACUUCUCUGAAGCAGCUCUUGAUCGACCGUAACCGCGUGGAGGAGAUCCAGCCAGGAGCCUUUUCUCAGCUGGGAUUCCUUAACUUGCUCUCCCUCACACACAACCAGCUGGUCUACAUCCCCAACAUGGCCUUCCAGGGCCUGCAGAACAUCAAGUGGCUGCGUCUCACUCACAAUUCCCUUAACUACCUUGCCACCGAGGCCUUCGCUGGCCUCUUCACUCUAACACGUCUCAGCUUAGACCACAACGAGCUGCAGUUCUUCCCCACUGACACCAUGACUAGACUCCCAGAGGUCACUCGUCUGGACCUUGGCUACAACCCCAUGACCUACCUGGGGGAGGAGACAGUGUCAAUGGCCAAGGUCACCCACCUCUUCAUGGACCAUAUGUCUCUUCAAGACCUGGCUAACACAGCUGUGUCCCUAUCCCCCAACCUAGUACACCUGGAUCUCAGCCACAACCAGUUACGUGUUCUGCAACCCUUCUCUGCAGGUUCCCCUAAGCUGGCGCGUCUCAACCUGGCAGGAAACCCCAUCUACUGUAACUGCUACCUGCGUCCCCUGAGGGAGUGGGCCCUGCGGGGCAAGGUCAAGCUGCUGGGGGCCUGCGGGGGCCCCGCCCACUUCUCUGGGGAGAGUCUGGAGGCCAUCCACCCCUCUGAACUGCGUUGCCAGAGUCAGGAGGCGAUGCUGAAGGCAGAGUUUGAGGAGCAGAGCAGGGUCACCCCACCCCCCACCCCUGAGCCAGACAACAAAGUCAAGUGUCCCGCCAAUUGUGCCUGUGAGGGUGAUACCCACCAUUCUUCCUGUGAGAACCGUGGCCACACAAAAGUGCCUCGCGGCUUCUCACCGGAUACUCGACUCCUUGAUCUCCGUGGCAAUGACUUCCACUACAUUCCUGGCAACAGUUUUCCCGGUGUCGCUGAGGUGGUGUCCCUCCAUCUCCAACGCUGCAAGAUUGUGGAGAUGGAGGAUGGAGCCUUCAACGGGAUGAAAGGGCUGGUCUACCUAUACCUGUCUGAGAACGAGCUCACCUCCCUCAGCCCAUCAGCCUUCAAGGGCCUGCCACAGCUCACCUACCUCCACCUGGAGAAGAACCGCUUCACCACCUUCCCCAAGGGGGCCUUCAAGCUGCUGCCCGGCCUGCUGGCCCUGCACCUUGAGCACAAUUCCAUCUCCAAGCUGGAGCCAGACAUCUUAAUUGGGGCAGAGAAGCUGAGGGGCCUCUACCUCACUUCCAACUCGAUUAACAGUGUGGCCCCCCGGGCCCUGGACCAGGCCUCGGACCUGGACACGCUGCAUCUGGGUGGGAACAAGCUGAAUGAGGUCCCCACGGAUGCUCUGGGAAAGACAUUGACUCUCGGCGAGCUCCGUCUGUCAAGGAAUCCGAUCCGCUGGGUGGGGCCGCAAGCUUUCCAGCCACUGGCUAGGGUGCUGAAGGAUCUCUAUCUAGAUGGCAUGGGACUGGAGAAGAUGUCUAAGGACUCCCUGGCGGGGUUGGGCCCAGGUCUGAGGAGUUUGUACCUGGAGGGGAACCAGUUGGAGGAGGUGCCUGACCUUAACAGUUUCACCAGCUUGGAGGUCAUCAACCUGGCUGACAACCCUCUGCUGUGUGACUGCCCCCUGCUGCCCCUGCGCAUAUGGAUAGAGAAGGUCAACCUGAAGGUGCGUGCCACCUGUGCCCAUCCACCUGAGCUGCGGGAUCAGAGGGUCAAAGAUGUCCAUGUCUUCAAGGCCUGCCCAGGGGGUGAAAACCUUGCCUCCUCCUCCACCCUCGCCCCUACAAAAAUCUCCAAGACCCCCAAGUCCACCAAGUCUAAGCCAGCUCACCUUAACACCCCUCGCCAGGUCAAAGUGGUCAAGACCAAAUCCAAAGGCCGUAAGAGCCAGACGCCAAAACCUGCAGUGACCAAGAAGACCGCCAAAAGGAGCAAGAUGGCCUGAGAAUGAGUCUCUCAUAUAUACAGUAUGUUAAACCUGUCUAUAGGAUGUACAGUGAGUAACAAUUUCUUCAGUUAUCCAUUGUACAGUCCUCACAGAUUACGGUUCCUUAUAACUACGGUAUAUAGAUCAGUGACUUCCAACUGAAGCAUUUAGUGAGGAUAUUAAACAAGACUUCCCCACACAAUGGAUUGCACUUUCUAUCCUUGAAAGUGACCACAUCUUACUUCUGUAAAGGGAGUUUCAAAUCAGCAUAGUAUCAAAUGUAGUGACACUAUGUUGAGAAUUUAUGGCUAAAAGCUCAUUCCUAACCACUAGUCUUUUCCCUAGUCCAGUAAACAGUGGUUUUAAGCAUAAGCUAUAUCUAGUUAUAUGUACAGCUGCUGAUACCAAUCUAUAGUUAUGGUCUCUAAAGUC